GCGUCGCGUCCGCCCCGAGCGUCAGUCGCGCGGUCCAUCGUAGCUGCGCGAACCGCGGACGCAGCCAGUCGUCCCCCCCGAGGAGCUGUCGCCGAGGAUGCGCUGAGCGGCCGCGAGGAUGGAGGAGAGAGCCGCUCCACCGAGGGGCCCCUCCUGGGCCCGGCGACCCUGGCUCCCCCUGGCGCUGCUCCUGCUCUGCCUGGCCGAGAUCUGCGACGCGCAAAAGAGCCUGGAAUUCUUCGACCUGCUGCCCGAGGACCCGAAGCUCUACGACAAGAUGCGCCCGCCCAAGAAGGACGGACAGGCCACCAUCGUCUACUUCCACGUGACCGUCAUGGGCCUCGACUCGAUCGACGAGACCUCCAUGACCUACGCGGCCGACAUCUUCUUCGCGCAGACCUGGAAGGACAACCGGUUGCGGCUGCCGGAGAACAUGACGUCCGAGUACAGACUGCUGGAGGUGGACUGGCUGAAGAACAUGUGGAGGCCGGACUCGUUCUUCAAGAACGCCAAAUCCGUGACCUUCCAGACCAUGACGAUACCCAACCACUACCUCUGGCUCUACAAGGACAAGACCAUCCUCUACAUGGUCAAGCUGACCCUGAAGCUCUCGUGCGCGAUGAACUUUCUCAUCUACCCCCACGACACGCAGGAGUGCAAGCUGCAGAUGGAAAGCUUGUCGCACACGACGGACGAGAUGAUCUUCCAGUGGGACCCGGACGUGCCGCUCGUCGUCGACGAGAACAUCGAGCUGCCCCAGUUGCAGCUCGUGAAGAACUACACGGCCGACUGCACGCAGGUCUACUCGACCGGCAACUUCACCUGCCUCGAGGUGAUCUUCGUGCUGAAGCGGCGCCUGGGCUACUACCUCUUCCACACGUACGUGCCGACCUGCCUGAUCGUCAUCAUGUCGUGGGUCUCCUUCUGGAUCAAGCCGGAGGCGGCGCCGGCCCGGGUCACGCUGGGCGUGACCUCCCUGCUGACCCUCUCGACGCAGCACGCCAAGAGCCAGGCCUCGCUGCCGCCGGUCUCCUACCUCAAGGCCGUCGACGCCUUCAUGUCGGUCUGCACGAUCUUCGUGUUCAUGGCGCUGAUGGAGUACUGCCUGGUCAACAUCGUCCUGGUCCUCGGCGAGGGCGACCCGGCGCCGAAGCCGGCCCCGCCAGGGCCCGAGGCCAGGCUCGACAAGAUCUUCGACAUCGCGAGCAAGAGGUCCCAGGGCGCAGCCGGGCCGCCACCGCCGCCGCCGCCGCCGCCGCCGCAGCCGCAGCCGCCGCUCAACAAGACCCAGCGCUCCAAGGUGCGCGCCCUCAACAUCGACCGGGUCUCGCGCUUCCUCUUCCCCGCGCUCUUCGCCUGCCUCAACGUCAGCUACUGGAUCAUCUUCUGGAAGUACAUCUAGGCUCGACUUUUUCAUCGCCGCCACUUUUUAACGCGUCUAAUUGCGUUGCCGGUACACACACACACACGCACACACAGACACACAGACACGCAGUAUUACACGCGGAGGGCAUAGACGAAAUUCUGUAC